CUCCGUCUCGGUUUGCAAACGUUGCUUCUCCGAAGCGGACACGAAGCUUAACCGAACGUUUCCGACCGUUUGAACGACGUCAUCACCCGUGGCUUUCCGUGGCAGGGCUUGCCUGAAGUAUACAAUCAGCGAAGCGACACGCUGCCAAGCACAUCAGUUAACAUUCGUUCGCGCGACGGUGCGCACACGGGCAGACGAACGCGCGCACAAGAUUGCCUUCUUUGCGAGCCCUUGCGAGGUGUGUCACCGUUGCUGUGGCGUCGUUGUGUUUUUACGCGGUAAAUGCAAAAUACGCCUGCUUUACGCCAGUGUCUUUAGUGCGCCAAAAAUAAAAAAGAGAGAAGAAAAAAAAAGAUCCCAUUACGCACACGCGUGCACAAAAGGAUACACGCUGUUUGCGGAUUGUGGUUAGUGUCAUAAUUUUACGCUCUUACCCAUCGGCGAGAAGCAAGGGACACGAGGGGGGAUUUCAGGCACUUUCCCGCUCGUGGUGAAUCGUUAAUUGGUGCUUAAUUGUGCGCGUCAUCACUUGGGCGUUGGGCCUCUGGGUGUGCUCUGCCCCUUGUUCUGUGUGUGUGUGUGUAUGUGCAUGUUGCAGGAGUGCAAGGAAAGGUAGAAGAGAAGGGGGUGGGGGACAAAAAUCCCCUGCGGAUAUUGCCGGCGCCUUCGAGCGAUAAUCCACACUGGUAAAACACACGAAGCCCGACAGGCAGAGGCAGAGCCGAGCGCAUCGUAAGCGCAGGUGUUUGUUCAGUGUUUUAGAAGAGUUUUUGGAUUUUAUCACCGUCACAGCGCAUCGCUCGUCAUCGGUUAGGAACUUUUUCGAGACAUUGAGCCAAUUGACCUCAUUCGCCUCUUGAAUCAAGAAAAUCGUUCAAUAAUAUCACUUAGCGCUUGAAGCAACUUUUACCUAGAAAGCAACAUACAUUUAAGGGCAUCAAUCUGCUACCGGGGCACGCUCACCAGCAGCAGCAGCACCAGCCUGCCGGUCGCCCGCCAUGGAUUACAUCAAAGAGCUCGAUAUUCGACUCGACAAGGAGCACUACUACGCCGGUGAAGUGCUCUCGGGGCGAGUCAUAAUGCACACGACGGAAAAUUUCAAGCUCAAGUCCAUCCGCCUAUUGCUCAGGGGUAAAGCGCACGUCGAGUGGAAGGUGUUCGUGUCCGGAGACAAAAGAACGGUGAAGGACGAUCAGGUCUACAUCGACGAGCGGGCCGUCAUAUGGGGCGAGCGGGCGGGCGAAGGGCUGGACGUGACGGUACCGGUGCUGGUGCGCGGUCAGCAUCAGUUUCCGUUUCGCUUCAACAUCCCCGAAACCAACCUGCCCUGUAGCUUCGAGUCACGUGCCUGUUACAUCCGUUACUUCGUUAAGGUGACGAUUGAUAUACCGUACGCCUCACCACCGCAAGGAAUCAAGUACUUCACCAUCAUCGGCCCCCACAUAGACUGUAUGGAUGAGCAAUAUCUGAAACCGGUCUCGGGACAGGACAAGAAGGUCAAGUGUUGCCUGUGCUGUGCCAAAGGACCCGUCACGCUCAGCUGUUCCCUCGACCGGACGGCGUUCUGUUGCGGUGAAACGCUCAAGCUGAAAUCGAUCAUCGACAAUCAGGGCGAGGAAGCAGUCAAGCUGAAGGUGCGCCUGCUGCAGUACUGCGAGUUCUUCGUCGAGCGGGGCGUGCUCGGCGUCACGAAGGAGGUACAGCAUCUGGUGCUCGAGUACAAGGGCGAAACGGUGGUGCCGAACGAGCGGCAGGACACCUGCGCCAACCUGCGCAUCCCGACCGUGCCGACCACGACGAUGGGCGUCUGCCGGUUGGCACAGAUCUACUACACACUCGUGGCCUGCCUGGAGUUCGAUAAAUCAGGCGACGACUUGCAAAUUAACUUCCCCAUCACGAUCGGCACGGUGCCGUUCCGAAUACCGAACAGCAAUCUUCAACCCCACAUAGGAUACGAUGUGGCGAUCGAUCACGUCGAGGGUGGCACCUACAUUGGGCCCGAGUUCCUGCUCGGCGAGGUGUACGAUGGGUGCAAUGUGAGCGACAACGAGCACCGGGAUCUGGCACCGCUCUACCGUCCCGUCUACCUGACCGUCGUCCGCAGCUCGCAGCAAAUAUCGGCCAAAGCGGUCGAGCGCAACAACCGGCGACAAUCGGCGGCGGCCGUGCUCGGAGGUGGUGGUGGUAUCAAUCCCACCCCUUCCUCAUCAAUGGACGGUGGUGGUGGUGGUGGAGCGGCAAGUGGCAGUAGUAGCAGUGGCCAGAAUGGUGCAAAAACCUCAAUGGAAGCCAGGCAUGAGCUCCAGCGGUACCGGAAGUAGUGCGGGCUGGGACUGGGUUAAUGCACACAGACACACGCACAUGUGCCACACCUACUACGGACCGGUACACGCAAGAAAGCGCAGGUCAUUUCGGACAUAUUCCGGUCGGACAAAGCGAGCCAAAAGCGUGUCAACAAACCCCUGCACCCUUGUCUGGCAACCUGAGAACUGGAAAAGAAAAGCAAAAAAGGGAAAAACGAAACAUUUAAGGAUGGAUUGGGGAAUUGGGGUUGGAAGGUAGCUUUGAAGGACACUUUUCUGGUCUCCACCGACGUUCGUUAUGGUCCCUUUUUUCCAAACCACCCACCACCACCACCCCCAAAAGCAGCAGAACCUUCUGGAUCCAUGGUAAAGAAGAAAUGGAUGGCGCUCAAGUAGAGAGUGAAAAAGGCACAACAAAAUUCAGAACAACAACGAACGAGCGGCCAAAAACGGUUAGCAAACCAGGGCGCAGGCAAGCGUUUUGUUGUUAAGAAAAGACUCCUCCAGAAACAGGUGAAGAAAAGGAUUACCUCCCCCAAAUGUACCGGUAGAGAAAGGAGAGAGUUCACCAAGAAUAGAAAGGUUCAAGAGUAAACAAGAUUGUACAAGGUUGCAGCACCGAAUAGAGGAAGGUUUGAAGAGGCUUGAGGACAUUUCUGAGCGGGGGGGGGGGGGGGGUAGGGGGGCGACAAAUACACACCCGAUACCGACACCACCCACGUGUUUACGUUCAAUUCGUCCGCUGCCUGCAGAGCUUUAAACGAAACGAGCGAUAGAGAAGCUGGAUCCAGCCAUCUCAGGACGGGUCAAACUAAUUAAAAGAACACAAACAGGAAGCAUGAGUGUGUAUGUGUGUGUGUGUGUGUGUGUGUGUGUGUGUG